AUGUCCCCCCCAAACCAGUCAGGAGAAGGUCUUCUGCAGGGGGCUCCCAACAGAUCCCUGAAUGCCACAGAAACUCCAGGCGCUUGGGACCCAGGGACGCUCCAAGCCCUCAAGAUUGCUCUCGCCGUGGUCCUUUCCAUCGUCACCCUGGCCACAGCCCUUUCCAAUGCCUUUGUGCUCACCACCAUCUUCCUGACCAGGAAGCUCCGCAGCCCAGCCAACUGCCUCGUUGGCUCCCUGGCGAUGACGGACCUGUUGGUUUCCAUCUUGGUCAUGCCCAUCAGCAUCGCCUACACCACCACCCACACCUGGAGCUUCGGCCAACUCCUGUGUGACAUCUGGCUGUCUUCUGACGUCACAUGCUGCACGGCCUCCAUCCUGCACCUCUGUGUCAUUGCUCUGGACAGGUACUGGGCCAUCACGGAUGCGCUGGAGUACAGUAAACGCCGGACCGUGUGCCACGCGGCCGCCGUGAUCGCCAUGGUCUGGGCCAUCUCCGUCUGCAUCUCCAUCCCACCCCUCUUUUGGCGGCAGGCCAAAACUCACGAAGAGAUGUCGGACUGCCUGGUGAACACGUCUCAGAUCUCCUACACCAUCUACUCCACCUGUGGGGCCUUCUACAUCCCGUCCGUGUUGCUCAUCAUCCUCUACGGCCGCAUCUACAUGGCCGCCCGGAACCGCAUGCUGAAUCCGCCGUCCCUCUACGGGAAGCGCUUCACCACCGCGCAUCUCAUCACAGGCUCUGCAGGGUCCUCGCUGUUCUCGCUCAACCCCAGCCGUCACGAGGGGCAUCCUCCUUCAGCCGGCUCCCCUCUCUUUUUUAACCACGUGAAAAUCAAGCUUGCCGAUAGUGUCCUGGAACGCAAGAGGAUUUCUGCUGCCCGGGAGAGGAAAGCCACAAAAACCCUGGGGAUCAUCCUGGGGGCCUUUAUCGUCUGCUGGCUGCCCUUCUUUGUAGCAUCUCUGGUCCUUCCCAUCUGCAGAGACUCCUGCUGGAUCCCCCCAGCACUUUUUGACUUUUUCACCUGGCUAGGCUAUCUGAACUCCCUCAUCAAUCCAAUAAUCUAUACUGUGUUUAACGAAGAGUUUCGGCAAGCAUUUCAGAAAGUUGUCCGUUUCAGGAAAACCUCUUAG